CCCUGCACUGUUAACAUGACUUCCACGAACCCGACUCAGGCGGACCGGGAAUGUUGCGACCUCUCGACCGAAGAUGGAGGAACACAUGAUUCUCCUCACACUACACACGAGCGAGCUGACACACAGCCUGCUGGAACAGAUGCCAGUUCCAUGGACCAACAAAGACCUGCUUUUGCAGUCGAGGAAAAGGAGCCUGAGUUUUCAACGCAUGAGUUCAUCCCAUCGUCUUUAGGAUCAGAGCAGCACAUUUGUGAGUUAAAACAUCUCACCCGAGACGGACUAGAGCCAGACCUCGAGACCCCCCUUCCAGCACCAGCUCUGGCCUUCACAGAUGAGUCCUCAGCCAGUCAAAGCCACAGUCACGGGCACGAUCCUACUGAACAAGAAGCUGAACAGAUCCUGAAGAACGAGGGGUUUGAUCAGGAAGAACUAAAGCAAGAUCAUGAGAACCGCAUGACACAGAGAAGAUAUGAUCUAGAGGAAGAAACGCCAGCUGUGGUGGUGACCCAACCAGAUGAGGUCUCAUCAGACCAGGUGGAGGACAUACAUUUUUCUGUGAAGCAUGAGGACAUGGUGCGCACCGAUUCCAGUCGCAAUGCGAGUCCCAGUGAGGGCACUGAACUCAGCAGCAGUGACCUGCUGUCCUUAAAGAGUGACACCCUAUCUCUGAUCAGUGAAACGGCCAUCUCAUGCAAAAGAGAUGAACAGGAUGGACCUGAGGAAGACACUAGGAGUAUCACAGCAUCUUCAGUUAUGUCACUGUUUCAUCGGGUACAGAUGGAGCCCAUCGAGAGGGAGUGGCUGCGGUGUGCGGCGCUGGGAAACGCUACCACCCUGUUCCUGCUUCUGCAACAGGACCCCACACUCCUCUCCAAAAAGACGGCGCUCCACUGGGCGGUCAAGCAGGGCUGUGUGGAGACGGUGGACAUGAUGGUGCGCUCCGGAGCGGACGUCAACCAGAGAGCGGGCUACACACCGCUCCACCUGGCUUCUCUGCACGGACAUGGCAAGAUCAUCCAGCUCCUAAUCAAUAACUACAAUGCCAAAGUCAAUAUCAGGGACUACCAUGGGAAGAUGGCAGCUCAUUACUGGAAUGGCAGCAAGGAUCUUUUUACAGAACACAGAUCUCAUUCUGCGGGCAGCUUGUCGAGGGGGAGGCGGGUCCAGUGCUACACACAGCUGUCUGCCCUCCUGUCUCGCUCUCAUAGUAACAGGAACAUCAAUGCAGAGGCGUCCGGCCGUCCACUAGAGCCCACUCCCUUAAACCGGUCAUGCUCAUCCUGAUACCCACAUCCCGCAUUAACCACUGCUCAGUAUUUGUGUGGAAAAACUCUUAUCUACAUGUUUUCAUAUGACCCUCUUAGAGUAUUGAAUAAAAUAAGACAAUGUCACUGUUUAAAGGAAA